AUGCUUUUUUCUAGUGGUGUCACAGCACUAAUAUUCCACAUCUCUUUCAAUGCUCUUGCCUUCAAUGUUGCUGCGCCCCUUAGAGCUGCAUAUAUCAAGAAAAUACCACGUUGCGAUAUUUCAAAACAGUUAAGAAAUAAAAUAAUCGGCCAUUCCUUAAAAAAUCUUUCCAACGAGGAAAUUAAUAUGAAAAAGUGGUGGUUAAGUAGACUUCGCAGAGUUAGCUUGGUGAUCGGUGGUCUGUUGCGGGAUCUACACUGUAAUCCAGUUCUUGAGCUUCGGUUGCUUGCAGUUCUGUUUCGAGGGUAUCGAUCGGGCUGCGGGUACGUGGUUAAGGUGACAUUUGCAGUGUUUGGUUGCUAA